AUCCUUUCACCUGUGGAGGGAUGUGAUUGGAUGUUGACUUCCAUAGUCAACAGCUCUUCAGGAGGAGUCUAAGCAUAAAUACUCUGACUCACCUGAACAAGUACAAAUAAAAGCCACCAGUUCUUCCCCGGGUGAAACCACACUCAGGUGCUGCACUACAUUUGGACACAAUCCAUCAGUGCGCAUACUCUCUGGUCCUGCGAGCACCAUGACCUCCAGCUUCUCUGUGCACAGCCACUCUCAGGGACGGCAGCCGUCUUUUUCAAGCAUGUCUAUGCGUGACUUUGGGGUUCGGGGACGCUCUAAAAUCCCAGUGUCCCUCUCCUCAGCCAGUACUUUGUCUCUGUCUCGUUCCACUUCUCUGGGAAAUGGCUUGAACAUCCUAAGCAACCUCUCACUGAAUGGUCUAGGAGUUGGUGCCAGUGGCAAGGAGACCAUGCAAGGUCUAAAUGACCGACUUGCCAGCUAUCUGGGAAAGGUGCGUUCUCUGGAGAAGUCCAACGCUGACCUGGAGCUGAAGAUUAAACAGCUGAUGUUGGAGCGAGCACCCAAGGGUCACGACAUCGAGGGACUGAUGGCUCAAGCACAUGCGAUUGGACAAGAGGUGAGGAAAAAGACAUUGGAGAAUGCUCGUAUAAUGCUGGAGAUCGACAAUGCCAAGCUUGCAGCAGAUGACUUUAGGGUCAAAUGGGAGGCAGAAGCUACUCUUUGUCAGUCGGUUGAGAGAGACUGUCAUGCUCUGAGACGAGCAAAAUCUGAUCAUGAUCAGAUCAUCGCAACCCUUCGAGGAGAUCUGGACAGUCUGAAAGAGGAGCUCUAUUUCCUCAAGAAGAAUCAUGAUGAGGAGAAGAACACAAUGAAGUCCCGUCUAGCCAAUGAGCAAGUGAAUGUGGAGGUGGAUGCAGCCCAGGGCCCAGACCUGGGAGCCAUCAUGGCAGAGCUAAGGGUGCAGUAUGAGAGCAUUGCACGCAAGAAUAAAGAGGACACUGAAAUGUGGUACCUGAAGAAGCUGGAGACUUUGCAGUCGGAGGUAAAGGAGAGUAACGAAGCUUUGAGAUGUGCUCAGAGUGAACUCAAUGAAAGACGACGCUUUCUGCAGGCGUUAGAUGUGGAACUGGACAAUCUGCGCAAACAGGUUGGUGUUCUGGAGGGGAACCUCGGAGAGACAAAUCAGAAGUACACGCUUGAGAUCGAGCAUCUUCAGGGCACACUAACACAGCUGGAGGACGAACUCUCACAGUUGCGCCUGGAUAUGCAGAGAAUCAAAACUGAUUACGAGCAGUUACUGCGGAUCAAACAGAAUCUGGAGUUGGAGAUCGCCACCUACCGGAGGCUGCUGGAUGGAGAGGAAGUGAUAAAAGAAACACCCACUCUUAAAAAAGAGCCUGAAGUGAGAACAAGGAAGAUUGUGAAGGUGGUCACCCAGACAAUGGUAAAUGGAAAGGUGGUGGAUGAGUCCAGCGAAGUUGAACAGAUUGAAGAACGAAAAAAGUCUGAUUCUGUAAGGCGAGUCGCAGUAGAGCGAGUCAUUUAAAAGUAGCACAGACCGAAAGUCACACAGUGAAACUGAAUACAUAUGAUACUAGCUGAUUUCCUGAAUGAAUACUACUAGUUUUAGAGACAGUGGUAGAAAAAUGAUAUGUAGCUGUGGAUGGGGAUUUGAACCUGUCUGUUCAGUGUGAGAAACCGAGCUAAAGGAUGAAAUCAAGACAGCCUCACUUUGAUAAUGAAGACCGAAAAAGCCCUGACACCAAACCUCUGUAGUGUCAAAUGUCUUGCUUUUGUGAGGCUUUUUGGGUGAAACAACUAUUAUAGUCCCAGCCCAUCAUAGUCCUUGUUAAUAAGAGUCUUUACUUUGGUUUGCUCCACUAUCAUUGCCAGAUAUAAAAUAAUUAAAUUCUGGCAAUCUUACACAGGUCAAAUUCAUAUUUCUAUUACUUGAAAAUCUGAUUUUAUUAUUCAUUUUCAGUGCUGAAGUAACAUUAUGCUAUAUCCAAAAUACUCAAUGAAAAGUCUGUAUAAUUUUUUUAAUCUACUAUCCAUAAAUAUAUAGGCAGUUAGCUCAUAUAAUGAAAAUGUAACACUUAUGUUAGGACAGGAGGCCCGGAAGCCCCGACCAGUUAUGCAAUUUUUACGGGGCUCAUAAUUCACAACACUUUGACAUUUCUUUUUGUCAUAUUUUUUUUAUGUUUAUGGAUGUGGAGUGCACAUCUGGCAAAUUAAGUUGUGUGAACUGCUCAGAGUGACAGCUCGGCUCUAGCACCUGGUGUAUAUUAUCUCAUAUUGUGCAGAUGAGUAAAAAUACUGAUACAUAAAAUGAAGCUUCUACAAUAAACUUUAGACUGUCAGCUAUCAGCCUCAGACUCUUAUUUGGUUUCUGUUAUUCAUGAGUGACUUAUAAAACAUCAGAUUAUGUUUUU